GAUAUGCAUACCAGUUGCAUCACCGUUGCAAACCUUAGCAAAACGUUUUGCAACGGAAACGGCUUUGCGACAAAAAAAAACAAGGGGUUCUAAUUGGACAGGUUCAGUGUUCCCUGCACGUUUCGACAUUGCGCAAAGUGCGUAUCUGGGACCCACCCAAGGCGGGGUGUGGGCGGAUUUGACACGGAGCAGUUGUGGAACAGCGCUUGAUCCGAGCAGGACCCAUAUUACUUCAGAGGGACUCUGUAUUGUAAAGUAAACACAUUGAGGUGGGUCCAAUGGCGACACAGUGUGUGACAAAGGUGGAGCUGACUGUCUCCUGUGAGAAUCUUCUGGACAAGGACAUUGGCUCCAAGUCUGACCCUCUGUGUAUUCUUCUCAUGAACACUACUGGGUCACAGUGGUACGAGGUGGGCCGCACAGAGAAGGUACAGAAUUGCCUUGCCCCAAAGUUUGCCAAGAAGUUCAUCAUCGAUUACUACUUUGAAAUAGUGCAAAAGCUGAAGUUUGGAAUUUACGACAUUGACAAUAAAACUGUUGACCUAAGCGAUGAUGAUUUCCUGGGGGAGCUGGAGUGUACCUUGGGCCAGGUGGUGUCUAGUAGAAAGCAUACUAGACCACUUGUGUUGAAGAACAACAGGCCUGCAGGAAAAGGGACCAUUACAAUAAGUGCUGAAGAAAUAAAAGACAACCGGGUGGUGAAUUUUGAGGCUGAAGCAAGGAAACUGGACAACAAGGAUUUCUUUGGGAAGUCGGAUCCUUACCUGGAGUUCUACAAGCAGACAGAGACUGGAUGGCAGCUGGCUCAUAGAACAGAGGUGGUGAAGAACAACCUGAACCCAACAUGGAAACCCUUCAGAAUCCCCCUGCAGUCUCUGUGUGGAGCAGACAUGGACAAACCUAUAAAGGUGGAGUGCUACGACUAUGACAAUGAUGGAUCUCAUGACCUCAUUGGAAUCUUUGAGACCACCAUGACACGUCUGCAAGAGGCAUCGCGUACCUCACCGGCUGAGUUUGAAUGUAUCAACAGUAAAAAGCAACAGAAGAAGAAGGGAUACAAAAACUCUGGUGUGGUGAGUGUGAAGCUGUGUCAGGUGGUGAAGGAGUAUACCUUCCUGGACUACAUCAUGGGCGGUUGCCAGAUCAACUUCACUGUGGGUAUUGACUUCACAGGGUCAAACGGUGACCCCAAGUCUCCCCAGUCUCUCCACUAUAUCAGUCCACAGGGGGUCAAUGAAUACCUGUCUGCCAUCUGGUCCGUUGGCAUGGUGAUCCAAGACUAUGACAGUGACAAAAUGUUCCCUGCCUUUGGCUUUGGAGCACAGAUCCCACCCACCUGGCAGGUUUCUCAUGAGUUCCCUCUCAGUUUCAACCCUGCAAAUCCAUUCUGUGCAGGCAUCGAGGGUAUAGUGGAGGCCUACAGAGUGUGUCUUCCCCAGGUGAAGCUCUACGGUCCCACUAACUUCUCUCCCAUCAUCAACCAUGUAGCCCGCUCCGCUCUGCAGGCUACCCAGCAGAAAACUGCCUCUCAAUACUUUGUCCUCCUGAUCAUAACGGACGGUGUGAUCACGGAUCUGGACCAGACACGCUCUGCCAUCGUUAACGCCUCCCGUCUGCCCAUGUCCAUUAUCAUCAUCGGUGUGGGCGGGGCCGACUUCACCGCCAUGGAGUUCCUGGACGGUGACGACGGGCGGCUCAGGGCGCCAACGGGAGAGACGGCUGCGCGGGACAUCGUCCAGUUCGUCCCCUUCAGACAGUUCCAGAACUCUCCUAAAGAGGCUCUGGCCCAGUCUGUGUUGGCUGAAGUCCCUGGUCAGGUGGUCACCUACUUCAACAUGAACAAGCUGAGUCCUCCCAACACUGACGCUCCCCCUGCCUCCGUCCCUACACCAGCAGCUACCGCAGACAGGCCCACCCUCACCUCCUAGUGCCCAGGAGAGGAACCAACAACCAACCCCAGUACCCAGCACUCCAACCUAUCCCCACCUCACAGAAGACAAAGUACACUGUCAGGAUGAGUAGACAGUCGCUCAUCUCAGUAGCUACCAUAAGCACUCUCUGCUAUCUAUCAUUGUGUCAAAGGGAUCAUGACCGGUUAACAAAUCUCUAGCCAUUACUAACUAGCAUGCGUCAGGUUGAAUUGAGCAGGGUGGAAGUUUUGUAGGGGGAACUUCUCCAAGUUAAAACAAAACACUGCAUGUGUACUUACAGCAACCAACCACACAUUGGUCCAGUCUGGCUUGUUCCCAAUCUCCGUCAAUAGGCCAAGCCCACAGCAUGUGUACAUAUACUCAUAUGCACAGUGCCUAGUGAAAGUCUACACAUCCUCUUGCACAGUUGUCACAUUUUGCUGCCUUAAAACUAAAUCUAAAAAGGGAUUACAUUUGUAUUUUUUGCUACAAUAUGGAUUACGAUUCUACAUGUUGCUCACUAUAUGUCUGCUGAAGAGAAGGCAUUAAAAAAAAGUUUUUUUUUGAUCAGUCAUGGAAAGAAAAGUGUUAGCUUACUAUUUAAAAAGAAGAUGGAGAACAUGCUAUUUGAUGAAAAAUACAAGAGUUUUGGCGCAGGUACAGCCAAUUUAAUGCUAGCUGGCCAAAAAAAAGGUAUUAUAUUUUUUUCCAAAAUCAAUACUUGUCAAAGUAUCGAUUUAUAAUAUUGUCCAAAAUAAUAUUGCGACAUGAAACUGUAUCAAUUGUUGCCCCAUCACUACUUUAAUUGCCGCCAAAGGUGCUUCCACCAAGUAUUAACUCUGGGGUGUAAAGACAUACACAAUCAAGACAUCUUUUGUUUAUUUUUUAAAAUUAAUUUAGACAAUUUUCUUUACUUCUUCAAUUUCAAAAUGUGGAGCAGGCUGUGUAGAUCAGAAUGAAAUCACUUUAAAAUAUGUCAUUUUAAGGUAGCAAAAUGUGACAACUGUAGAAGGGGCGUGUAGACUCACUAGGCACUAUAUCUUUUUUUAAGUAGCCUAAUGCUUCUUAGUUGCUCCUAUUUUAUACUGUUUGGCA